AUGCGCUUAAAUUUCUCUUCGUUAGCGCUUCUACUCACCACUUUUGGUAGUGUUUGGGGCGCCGACCACCUCUCACGUCGUGAUGUCAAUAGCACCGGGAAGGUUGGAGAUGAUGCUACCCCAAGACGGUUCAUCGUCGAACUUAAAUCGCGUGCGCACAGAACCCUCGUCUCAGCUAAAGUGGCGGGGCUCCCCGGGCUCAGCGUUGUCAAAGAGUUUGAUUCUGACCUAUUCCCGGGCGUGAGUAUCGAAUGCGCUAACCAUUGCAACGCCGAAUAUCUCAAAGAUGCUCUUGAUGCCGACGAGGAUAGUCCUGUCGUGGCUACCGUGUACAAAUCGACGCUCGUGCGUCUCCUGCCAGUGGUGGACAAGGGUGAAUCAUUUAGCGACGAUGCGGCUGCUGCAAAUUACUCGGUACACGGCUCUACGGGCGUCGAGAAGCUUCAUAAGGCCGGAAUCAUCGGUACGGGAGCUACCGUCGCGGUUGUCGACAGUGGCGUCCAGUACACCCACCCUGCGCUCGGUGGUGGUAUUGGUCCGAACUAUACGGUAAUAGGCGGCUAUGAUCUCGUGGGCGACGCUUGGCCUGAUGGACCGGCCGCGCCAGACGAUGACCCAAUGGAUCGAUAUGGGCAUGGCACCCACGUUUCUGGAAUCAUUGCCGGCAAGAGUGAUCAGUUUGUCGGUGUUGCCCCGGGCGCUAAAUUGCUCGUUUUCAAGGUAUUCGGAACCAGUGGCUAUUCAAACGAGGAAACAGUCAUUGAGGGGUUCUUGAAGGCUUUUGAUUCUGGAGCGGAUAUCAUCAGUGCCAGUCUUGGAGAGAAUAGUGGCUUUACCUCUAACGCCUGGGCUGUACUAGCCUCAAGAAUGGUUGAGCAAGGCGUAGUUAUUUCUAUAGCCGCAGGAAACGAAGGAGAUGACGGCCCAUUCGAUGCCAGCAACGGCGCCUCGGGCGAAAGUGUCAUAACUGUGGGAGCUGCCGAACCCGGGGUGUUCCCUGCCCAGGCUUUUUCGGCCGACUUCAACCUGGACGGCCAGCCGAACAAGACCCAGGUUGCCUACAUACCAGCAUCCGGAUUCUUUCCGAAUACGGUUCUCAAUUGGCCUAUUAAACCGGUGACGCUCGACUCGUCCGUGGAGAGCGAUGCCUGUGCCCCAUUGCCUGCGAAUACCACUAGCUUUAAUGGAACUAUCGUUCUUGCGAGGGUUGGUGGGUGUGAUACUACAGUCAAGCAUGCCAACAUAGCCGCCUUUGGCGCACAGUACAUUCUAUUUUAUAACGACGACGGACCCUAUCGAAUCCCUUAUGCCAAUAGCAGUGCUCCAGGCCUUGUAGCAGCGAUAGAAGCCCGGGCCGGGAAAGCUAUCAUCGACACCAUCAUCUCGGGUGGUAAUGUCACCGCCUCCUUUGAUGUUGAAACCGCCCAUUACGUGGGAUUAUAUAAUGCUGGCGGAGGCCGGCCUGCGAGAUACUCGUCGUGGGGUAGUACAUACGAUCUCGCGCUCAAGCCAGAUGUUGUCGCGCCCGGAACUAAGAUCCUAUCUACGUACCCCACCAACCAGUAUCGGGUUCUUAGCGGUUCCAGCAUGGCAACCCCUUACGUUGCUGGAGUAGCCGCCCUCUGGGUAGGUAAGUAUGGUGGACGCGCAGCGCAUGCCACAGACCCUGCUUGGGCAAAGCGACUAACCGCACGCAUAAUGGGUUCUGCUCGCGCGGUGCCAUGGGCCGACUGGGCCACCACAGCCACCGAUUAUGGUUUCUGGGCACCCACCACCCAAGUCGGGUCUGGCUUCAUUGAUGCGGAGCGGAUAUUGAAUUUUACAACAGAGAUCAGCUUUGAGGGUCGUAAGUUUGAGCUCAACGAUACAGCCAAUUUCGUGGGCAAACACUCUGUGGAUAUCGCGAACCAUGGAACUACACCUGUCACAUACUCUUUUUCACUUCAGGAUGCUGGAGGCUACGACUCAUGGACCCCUGUCAUACCGGGUCACCAGCAAACAUUUAUUCCUUCUUUGAAACUUUAUAGCGAAAUUAAUCCCGUGAAAAUGACACCGGAAGUCAGGUUUCCGAAUGGAGAAUUUAUCGUUGGACCUGGGGAGGCGAGGACGGCUGAAUUUACUUUCACGGCCCCCCAAGGGUUAAACACCAGCAGUCUACCCGUCUACAGCGGAAAGAUUCUAAUAAGCGGCGACAAUGGCGAGGAGCUUGGUGUUCCCUACUUCGGUGUCGCAUGCGAUCUUAAUCAAACCAUCACGAACGUGUGGGAUUACGGUUCCAACUUCCCUACCCUAACGUCGGGGAUAUCCGGUAGUCGAAUCGAUCAGAAAUCUAAUUUCACCUUUAAUUUGUCUCGCGAGGCGCAGGAUUUCCCUAAGUUAAAUACCCAGUUCGCCUGGGGAACAGAAGAGUUACGAUGGGAUAUAUUCGACUCCGAAUAUACAGAAGCCGAAUGGAAAUACCCACCCGUUAUUGGCGAGAACGGUUAUGUCGGGUCGGCUACGAGUUGGAACGGCACGUCUAAAUCCCAAUGGUUCACACCGGGUGAGAAUAGCGAGGAUGAUAUCUUUUCAUUCCCGCUAUAUACCCAACCCCGUAGAAAAUGGGGUAUCUAUUAUUGGCUUGGACGGUUCGCCAAUGGGUCAAACAUUCAGCCCGGGAACUACCAGUUUCGCAUUGCGACUUUGAGGCCUUUUGGUGACCGUCAAGUCUCGUACGAUUGGGAUGUUUGGGAGACACCUAAGAUUGUCGUCUUGCCACUCAAUUCAACGAACGCAUCAGCGUUAGCGUAGAUAGGUAGCCUCCACCUCCAUGUUGUGAAUUGAACGGAGUAUAUUUAUAGUUAUAAUGUGUUAGAACUAUU